AAACUGCUCAGAAAUACAUCACUUCAAAUUAUUUGCAGACGUGAAAUAAUUACAUGUAUGCCAUAAAGUGACAAAUGAUCACGAUGACAACAGAGCUGUUAAAGUUUCAUUAUGUGAUGCUUACUUUGUUACUUGUAAUACUUGAACAUUUUGUGAUUUCACAGGCCUUAAAACCAGAGAUAAAGUCGAUGCAUAUUACAUCGGAUAUCUACUUUAGAUUUGCAACAACUGUAGUUGAGGCUAAGAUCCUAAACAUCAAUCCUGUAGCUUCAGAGGUCUUGUUUGACAUGACUUUACCAGACGCAGCAUUCAUAACAGCCUUUACAAUGGAAAUUGGAGGUAGAAGGUAUGCUGGAGAUGUAAAGGAGAAAGAAAAAGCAAAGCAACAGUUCGAAGAAGCAAAGAGUCGUGGAGAAAGUGCUGGACACAUCGCUGCUGCUCCAAGAACUUCAAACAAGUUUAACAUUCUCGUUAACAUCCAGAAAAAUGCAUUGGUCGUGUUCAAACUUAAAUAUCAAGAAUUGCUGAGACGAACCCUUGGAUCAUAUCAUCACGUGAUUUAUGUUGAUUCUGGUCAACCGAUAGAAGAUUUUAGAAUAAAAGUAUUAAUAAGUGAAUCCAGAGACAUUGUAAAUUUAUCAGUCCCACCAUUAGAGGGCAACACUGAAAUAGAUAUAAGUAAAUUUGUGAAUAUUAAACGCAUCUCUCCUUUGAGGUACGACAUAAGAUAUUCACCAAGUCUUGAGGAACAAAAGGCUAUGUCAGAGCAAGGCAUAUCAGGACAGUUCAAAGUGAAAUAUGACGUUUCCAGGGACAAAGAUGCAGGAGAUAUUCUGAUUGUCAAUGGAUAUUUCGUUCAUUUAUUUGCCCCUAAGGAUCUAGAACCACUCCCCAAGGACGUAAUGUUUGUCCUAGACAGAAGUGGAUCUAUGUCGGGACGUAAAAUUGAGCAACUGAAAAAUGCAAUGGCAGUAAUCUUGAGUGAUAUGAAACCAGAAGACAGACUGAACAUUUUGUUCUUCGACAACAGGUUUGAUUGGUUAGCAGACAAUACAAUGUUGGAAGGUUCACUGGUAAACUUUGAUAAAGCUAAGAGAUUUAUGAAGGCAAUCACCGCAAGAGGGAGCACAGACAUCAAUAAAGCCGUAAUAGAUGGAAUAAAACUGUUGACCAGAUUCCUCAAUACUAAAAAAUCUUCCAUCGUAAUGUUUUUGACUGAUGGACUUCCAACUUCUGGAGAAACAAGCAUUAACGCAAUCUUGCGGAAUGUUAGAACAACAAAUGAGGCAAAACUUCCUAUAUUCAGUUUAGGUUUCGGAAAUAAUGUUAAUCUUAAUUUUCUUAAACAGAUGUCUACACAAAACAAUGGAUUUGCGCGAAAAAUUUACGUAGACUCGGAUGCUGCUUUGCAGAUUGAAGGAUUAUAUUCUGAAAUAUCAUCCGCUCUAUUAAAAAAUGUUACAUUCGAUUAUUUAGGAGACGUUGAUUAUAAUACAAUUACAAAAUUCUAUUUUCCAUUCUAUUUUGGUGGUUCCGAAUUGAUAGUUGCGGGGCGACUGAGAUCGAAGAAUUCUAAAAUUGUACCUCGAGUAAGAGGUUGGAAUGAUGGUUACAUAGACUUAAUUUGGAGACCUAGACCUGUUCCUGAUCUUGUUGCAUUAACUACGGAUGCUGACUUUUCAACAAUAACAGAAAACAUGUGGGCAUAUCUGACAAUCAAACAAUUAAUAAGGGAAUUAGAAGGUGAUAUAACAAGCACAGAUAAGGAUCGUAUUAAAGCUAAGAUUAUAGAUAUAGCAUUGAAAUACCAGUUUGUCACACCCUUCACCUCUAUGGUUGUUACAGCGCCAAAUCUACGGCGGCCAGUGCCACAUAAACGUCGACUAGUGCCGCGACCAGGUCUACCAAUGCCGCGACCAGGUCUACCAAUGCCGCUAUCACGUCUAGCGGGAAGUUUUGGACCAAGUUUUAGUAGCUCUAGCGGGAACGGACGGGGUAGAGGUGGACAAAUAGUUCCGCAUGGAAUUAUGGCUCCUCCAAUUAAGAAAUUGCGUUUAACAACUACAAUACCCACUACUACCACAACGGCUACAUUUCUUUGUAACUUUAAAGAACGGGCUUCACCUGAUAUUUUCAUAUAUAUGAAAGGAUCGAAACGGCCAUUGUGCAUGGACAUGAAUUUCAGAGCUGGCAAGUACUUGUUGCUAGCAGACAAAGAAAAAUCACUUGCCGUAACGUUCAAUGUUUGUACAACUCCGGGAAACAGGAAAAAUACAAUCGGAUAUAUCGAAGAAGUCGUAAUUAAAAACGGUCAGAACGAAGUAAAAUUAAAUUCCGAAGGAACACAGGCAAAGAAAUGGUCCAAAAUCGGAUACAGAUAUUCAAACACAUUUAGCAGUCAAAACAUUACAUUCAAUAUUCUACCAUCAAGAGAUGGAAAGAGUCUACAGAUUGAUGUCAAAGUAGGGCAAAGCAAUGUUGUUGGUGCUAAAGGACUAUUAGGGACAUUUGUUGGAAUUGGAAUAGAAAGAGUGAACUCCAGAAUUGUGAAACUAAAUCCAAACUUGGGCGGUGUUUGUACUAGUAGAAAUAUAACAAAUGUUAGAAUAAGCCAAUCACGGAUAGACAGACAGUGCUGGAAAAUCGAUGAUUUGAAACCUACUCCUGCGAAUUCAAAGGACUUGGUUCCAACAUUUUGCAAAUACAAAAGUAUGUCUUAAUCUUAAAAGCUAAAUGAACAACUUUUGAUUCUGUUAUAAAAUGUAGUAGUCUGUAAGUGGAUGUAAAAAAUGAAAAUACUGAAACGAAGACAAAAUAAACAAAUAUUUGAAAAAAUAAACAAUGUAUGUAAGCUAGAUUUAGGGAAGCAAAUUUCAAAAGUAAAUAAUUUAAAACUAAAUAUCUGAUAUAUUAAACACACCACAUAUAUAGAUAUGUUUUGUUUUGAUUAUCUUUCGUAGUAACAAUGAUACACAGAAGUAAAAAUAUAGAACGCUUGACAAAUUUGCGUCGUUGCGUAUCUUAAAAUGUCUUAAUAGUACUAUGUUUUCGUUAUCAUAUUAAAUAGAUAUACUUAUAUGUUAACAAUGAGCCUGAAAAUAAAACAUGCUACACCAAAGAACAACUGAUCUGUAUGGUGGAGUUUCUCGUUGACAACAUAUUUAUUGAACUUGGAGGUAGAAUUUUCCAGCAGGUUGUCAUGAUUCCUAUGGGAACCAACUGUGCACCUCUCUUGGUAGAUAUUUUCUUAUUUGUAUAUGAGUCUUUGUUCCUUCAGACAGUGCACGUGGUAAAAGACAGGAAGAUCAAAGACUCUAGAUUAUUUAAUUUCACAUGCAAGUGUAUUGUCAAUGGUGAUUUUCUUUCCAUUAACAAUCCAAACUUUUCUGAUUGGGUUCCAUUAAUAUAUCCUCCUAAACUAGAGAUUAAAGAAACCACUGAUGCAGCUCCCUCCGCAUCAUGACUUACUAGAUAUUUACCUCGAAUUUGACAACAUCGGUCAUCUCAUACUAGAAUGAGAACGAGACGAUUUCAAUUUUGAAAUUAUAGAUUUUCCUCAUCUUAACAGCAAUAUACCACCCGCCUAUGAAGUAUACAUUUUUCAGCUCAUACGAUAUUCAAGAGCUUGCAGCUGCUACUCAAACUUCUAAAACAUCAUCGAUGUUUUGCAAAAAAAAAUAAAAUAAAAAGGUCGUAUGACUUUUGACGUGACUCGAUUUUCCAUCUCGCCUUUGGGUCUUUUACUUUUUAACCUUAGGCAUUCCUGGUGCAGGUGGGUCCUGGGGUGCGAAUCAAACACAGUCUUUCUAUUUUCUUUACCCUUGUAUUUAUAUUUACUUUAUUUUUACUUUAUCGAGAAAGUGUAUACUAUAUACGGUAUGUACUAUGAACGACAAAUACUUUUUUGUUUACCAAAUUGUCAAAUUUACAUGUUUUUGUUGGCGUCUUUGUUUGAUUAAUUUGUAUGCUUUUUUUACUUUUUUUUGUCUGUGAUGUAUAAUUGUUUACAUUUAGGCUGCUGGGUCUCAAAUACUGUCACUUUAACCUUUUAUUUCUGUUUAGGUUGCCCACCCAAUUCUAUUGAUAUAACAGAAAUAUAAACUAAUGUUAUACAAGUGGGGGUUUAACUAGCCAUAAAACCCGGUUUAAUCCAUUUUUUUCUUCGGAAAAUGCCUGUACCUAGUCUGGAAUGUGGCAGUUGUUUUACACUCGUUCAGUUGAUUUAAAGCGUUUGAUUUUGUCAGUUUUAUCACUUUUUUAUCAUACAUUUAUUGAUUAAUGAUUAUUACGUAAUGUUUAUUGACAUUUCA